CGGCCAAUCAGCGAGCUUCUUUCAAGCGCGUGCCAGCCCCGGGUCUUAUUGUGACUUGAUGUGGCAGAGUACAGGCGGCAGUGAGGAAUGUGAGAGCGGCUUCUCCGGAACUCUCUUCUAUACACAAGGAGACAGCGCCAACAUUAUCCAGCGGGGCUGCAGCCUCCUCUCCCCGGUAGGAAGUGCAGUGAGGGAUCAUGUUGCUCGGCGACUGCCUCCCCUCCGCUGCUCUCUUCCUGUCUUGCUGCCUUCCCAAUCUUAUUAGCAAUGCUGUUGCCUUUAAUUCGGCUGAUGCAAAUCAGUUGACUCAGAAUUUUGGCCAGACUGGGGCACAAAACCAUACUGUAUUAGAUGUUGGGGAGAUUGUAUUUGUAAUACAAAGUCAGAGCAAUUCUUUCCACAAGAAAAGAGCAGAAGACUUGAAAGAGAACAUUUUGAAGCAAGCGGCUGUAAUUAGCAAGAAACUGCCAAAUGUCCUGUUUAUUGAUGAGCUUGAACCACGUCAAAGUGCAUGGACUAUCGUUCCUGCCAUACCAUAUUUUGCAGAUACUUAUGGCAGAAACUCAUCGUGGAUAUUUUUUUGCGAAGAGGAAACAAUCAUAAACCUUCCAAAGCUUUUGAUGACACUUCAAAAAUUUGAAAAGUCUAAGAACUGGUUUUUAGGAAAAGCAUUACACGAUGAAGAAUCUACAAUAAUUCAUCAUUACGCCUUUACAGAAAACCCGUCAGCCUUUAAGUAUCCAGAUUUUUCUGCUGGCUGGGCUCUUAGUAUGCCACUCGUCAAAAGCCUUUCUGAUAUUUUGCGACAAGACCCGCCUAGUUCAGAUUUCACAAUUGACUUAAAGCAUGAGAUUGCAUUGUACAUAUGGAAGAAGCUUGACGGCCAGGAACUUACACACGUGAAACAGUUUUGUUCAUCUGCCUCAUCCAAGGCUGCAGAAUGUGCUACCACAUUUAAUAGUGCCCUGCCUGUCUGUGGCAGCCCAGUGCAGAAGGAAGACAUAUUUGUUGCAAUUAAAACAUGCAAAAAGUUUCACAAAGAUCGAAUACCUGUUGUAAAGAAGACCUGGGAAAGGCAGGCUGUGCAUUAUGAGUACUACAGUGACUAUGCCGAUAACACAAUCCCUACGACAGAUCUGAGAAUACCCAAUGUGGAGAGAGGCCACUGUGGAAAAACAUUUGCUAUACUGGAAAGGUAUAUGAAAUUGUACAUCGCACGCACGUCUUGGCUCAUCAUAGUGGAUGACGACACACUGAUCAGCCUCCCAAGACUACAGAAGCUUCUUAGUUGCUAUAAUCCACACAAAGCCGUCUUUUUAGGAGAGCGCUAUGGUUAUGGAUUACAAGCAGGGGGAUACAAUUACAUUACUGGUGGAGGGGGAAUGGUAUUCAGCAAAGAAGCAGUGAAGAAACUUAUGAACAGCAAGUGCCAAUGCUACAGUAACGAUGCCCCUGAUGAUAUGGUACUUGGAAUGUGCUUCAGUAGCUUAGGAAUUACACCCACCCACAGUCCACUUUUCCACCAGGCACGGCCAACAGAUUAUGCAAAAGAAUAUCUUGCUCACCAAAUACCUGUCUCCUUCCAUAAGCACUGGAACAUCGACCCAGUAAAGGUUUAUUAUAAGUGGCUAGCUCCAGAAGAAGAAAAACCGCAACAUGGACAGAAAAAUAUGAAGCAAGAGUUGUGAACACAGCAAUUGCUUUCCAGCGACAUGAAGUGAGCCAUUGGACAUUGAAAUUACAUUUUUAAUUUUCAGACCUCCUGAGAAGUCCUCUUUUUUUAUAAUGAAUAAUGUUAAUUUGUGUUUACAGUUUAAA